AUGUCGACGCCAGCAGGCGAACCUGUUGUAAGCGGUGUCGACAACACUCACGACGCUCAGCGGCCACCCCAACAGCCCAAUGGUGUCGUUCCAAAUGGUGCAAUGGCCCCGAUGUAUGGAUAUCCUCCACCAGGAGCCAUGUACGCCGUCGGACCCACACCAGAGAUGUAUCAAAAUAACCCGAAUAUGCGUAUGAUGCCGCCCCCGGGUCCUUACCCGUUCCCUGGCCCACAACCUGGACAGCCUGCCCAUCCCAUGCCUCCUGCCGUCUAUGGAUUUCCGCCUAUGAUGCCUCCUCCACCACCUGGAGCCCAGCCAGGUCAGAGUAACGGAGCGUCGCCUUCGAGUCCGACAGCUACGCAGAUGCAGCCUUAUCCUCCAUACGGAAUGUGGUAUCCUGCUCCUCCUCCUCCAGGUAUGGCCAUGGCCCCUCCCCCACCAGGUAGUGUGCAGCCAAAUGGGAUGCCACCCAUGCCAAUGAUGGGACAUUAUCCUCCCAUGUAUCCUCCUCCUCCUCGCCCCCAGGGCGAUGCACCUCCUGAUGGCCAUCAACGUCAGCCAUCUAGCCAGGAUCAACAGCAAAACGGUGCACCGUGGCCAUCUGGGCACAGUGGUCUGCCACCCAAGGAAGUAGCAAGGACUAUUCCUUGUCGAUACUUCCCAGACUGUCGGUUCGGACCCUCGUGCUGGUUUUUGCAUCCUGGAACGGAGCAACCACAGCCGCAAUCACCUCCUGAGCAAUAUGCCAAUGGUGGAUAUGCGGGAGGUCCGCUUCCUCCUCCUGUUCAAUAUGGUCCUGGAGGUGCUUGGGAUCCAUCGGGCGCUACGUCGGUGCCCAACGGCGUCACUCCCGUCUCGCCAGAUGCCAGCAAAAAUCCUCAUGCUGCUCAAAUGAUGGGCAACGUCCCCGGGUACAAUAUCAUGUACGCACCUUACCCCUAUCCAGGCGGUUACCCUGCCGCCAUGUAUCCACCUCCACCACAACAGGGCUCUGGACCAGCGUCUGCAGCACCCCAGAGUCCUCAGCCCACUUCCCAACCCCUGUCACCGCAAAAUGGAUCGCAGCAAUUGCAACAAGGCACGCCAUCGCAAACCCACUCGCCUGCAGUCCCAACUCCUCCUUCUGGUGUGCCAGCGAUGUAUCCACCAAACGGUAUUCCAGGGGGAUGGUACCCUGCGCCUCCUACCGUCUAUCCUCCCCCACAUGCUAUGCAGCCUCAGCAACCACCACAGUUGCAAAUUGCAACUUCGCCAGUAAACAGGCAUGGACAAGCACCCAUUAGCCCUGUCAGCCCCCAUCAAGGACCAAACGGUGUUGCACAAUCCCCUGGUCAUGCCCCACCCGUCAGCCCAACUAGUGGAAACCCCGUCCAAAGCGGCCACUAUCCCAUCUCCCCUCCCUAUAGCGCUGGCCCUGUGCACACCCGCUCUCCUCCCCAGCAACCUCACCCAUUGUCUCCACAGACCCAUCCUACUUCUCCACAAGGCAUGUAUGGUGUGCCGCCCCCUACGCAGCCACCAGUUCCCGUUGUCCCUCCUCACGGCCGUCACAGCCGCCGGGAGAGUAUGAGCUCCAUGUCCGCUAUGCCAAUGGGAGCCGUUUUGGCGAGCCUCGACGGUACCGGUCCGAUGGAAGAUUCGCGUGGCCCGAUGGACAGUGGGUUCAACUCGGCUAGACGAGGUCGAGGUGGGCAUGCGAGUCGCGGUAGCUGGGGUGGAAAUGGAUUCGGAUCAGGACGCAAGCCGCCGUGCGCGUUCUUCCCGCUUGGAAAGUGCAAGAAUGGUGACCAAUGCCGUUUCCCGCACGUAUUGCCAGAUGAGAAUUCGCCUGCCUCUCCUAUCUCACCCCGUGGUGGUUAUUCAGGCUCUUAUGGACGUAUGGCUAAUGGACGGCGACCAACGAUUCUUGGUCCUAUCGAAGACAAGAUGGGGGACAUGACCUUGAAGGAGAACGAGGCAGGCGAAGCGGUCGAAGCUGGCCCUCGCUCAGCUGCUCCUGGUGGCUACCAGAAGCCCUUCAAUUCGUCCCCCAAGCAUCGCGGUGGGCGUCCUUCGAUCUCGACCCCCUCGACGCCAGGACAUAGGCAGACGAAUCAUCUUCAGGCCCAGCAACCCUCGCAGCGAGUCCCGUCCGCAGAUGAUUUCCCAGUCCUGAGUGCUUCGACACCGCCGGUUGCGAACGGACAGAGUUAUGGUAACGCCUGGGGUGGGCCUACAGCAGCACAAGUCCUUAAGGGUGGAAUCUCUGCGAAGAAACCCGCGACGUCUGACAUGAAGGAUCCUAAAACCGACGAGGAGGAUUCUUUCCGCCCAGCUGUGGCCAACCCUGUCACAGUCGAGGGUGCGGCCUAA